AAAGUUAAAUUUAGAUAUUUUAUGUAAAUAUUUUUUAUGCAUAAGUUAUUUUGACAAUAGCCGCUAGCAAUCAGUACUAUAAACUUAUUUUAUACAAAAAUUAAGAGGAAUUUGAUAUGAAUUUAUAUUUUACAAAAUAAAUAACUUAUUAAAAAUAUUUCCAAACAUUGUGACCGAUCGCUUGCAGAAGAAGAAAUAUAAGCUAAAUGAUUUGGUUUUAGAAUUAUGCUGCAAAACAAAGUCAUAAAGUUAUUGAAAAUCAAUUUAUGAAAAAUAUUUUGGUCAUACUAUUAUAACAUUGGAUGGAGCCGAUAAGGUUAUAAAGAAUUAAACAUGGACAUGGAACCACCCACAAAUUACUCAGAUUCAGCGUCCAUGCAAUCGAAUUCUGAAUACUCCGACGCUGAAUGUGAACCCCAUAUAGAAGACAACGAAUAUUUCCAAGAUACAGAACGCGAACAAAACGAGGUUGGACAUAGUGUUAUAAGUGAAAUACGUGAAGGUUUAACACCAGGACAAGACACAAUAAAUGGUGUAAAUGAAAGCACCAGCCAAAACUCUAGUACAAUUGACAAUGUCCAUAAGUCUAUAUCAGCAGAAUCGCUACCCAUUAUCAAUAGCACUAGCACAAUAUCUGGUGAAAUCGUGAACUCAUUAGGGGCUGCAACUGUCGAUGAUGGUGAUGAAAACCAAUUUGACUAUAUGCAUGACAGUGUGUGGCGUGAACAAAAAAAGCAUAUAUUUAUAUUGAGCGAAGCUGGCAAGCCCAUAUAUUCCUUGCACGGGAAUGAAGACAAACUAGCAACUUUAUUUGGUGUUAUACAAGCGCUGGUUAGCUUUGUACAACAUGGACAAGAUGCAAUAACGUCUAUUCAUGCGCGUGGCAUUAAAUUUGUAUUCUUAGUGCGUAAUACGCUAAUACUCGUUGCGGCGUCACGUUCAAAUAUGAGUGUGCCGCAGUUGCAACUGCAGUUGAGCGAUGUAUACAAUCAAAUACUGUCAACCUUAACCAACAAGCAUGUGACACGCAUAUUUGAAAAACGUAAAAAUUUUGAUCUGCGGCGUUCACUAGCUGGUAGCGAAAGAUUAAUCUAUCAUUUGCUCUCAAAUGACAGCAGUAAUAAAAAAGUGACCAACAAUGUCUUCACUUUUUUAACAAACUCCAUUCGUGUACUACCUCUGCCUACGACGGUACGUUCAAGCAUUGUUAGCGGUAUACAAAGCAAUUGCUCAAAAAUCAAGGAUUUGGUAUUUGCCGUGCUUAUAGCGAAUAAUAAACUCAUAUCACUUGUACGUAUGAAAAAAUAUUCCAUCCAUCCAGCGGAUUUGAGGCUGGUCUUCAAUCUUAUCGAGUGCUCUGAAUCCUUUAAAUCCUCAGAAAAUUGGACACCUAUCUGUCUGCCGAAAUUCGAUAUGAACGGUUAUUUAUAUGCACAUGUUUCCUAUCUGUCCGACGAUUGCCAAGCGUGCCUUUUGUUGCUUUCAGUCGAUCCCAAUGUAUUCUUUACGCUCUCCGAUGCCAAACGACGCAUAACGGAUAAAUUACGUUCGACAAAGUGCUUGGAAGCUAUUAGUAAAGAAAUUGAGAAACCGACUAAUGGCGGUUUGAAUUUAAGCAUUAUUGGCAUACCUCAACUGCGACAUUUUCUCUAUAAACCUAAAACGGCGGCGCAACUGCUCUGCUCCGAACUUGUACCAUUAUAUACUUCACUGAACGAAUUCGAACGCUUGGAAGGCAUAUAUUGUGAUUUAUUGCAUCGCAUACACAACAACUCACGGCCGCUUAAACUAAUUUUCGAGGUGCACGAACGUGAAGUGGUCUUGGCAUGGGUAACAGCUGCAUAUGAAUUAUAUGCGGUUUUCGAACCAUUUGUAGAUAUGUGUACAGUGAUUAAACACGUCGACAAGUUGAUUAAGUGGAUCGAAAAGGAAUAUGAUGUAUUUUUCAUACGAAACCAUCCGACCUUCUGAGGCUGGUGGUUGCUUGGCGAAAUGUUAAGCGCUGAGAUGUAGUAGACAAUAGAUAAUCAAAAUUAGUGGUGAAUGCAGCUGUUCUCAUUAUGUAAAUUUGUAAGUACGAGUAUUAUUGACUUGCGAUAUACACUAAGUUUAAUGUACUAAUAAAAAAUGUGGUUGAAAUUUUUUGAAAAUUUAAAAUAAAGUGUAAAUAGUUUUUAAAUUUUACCGUUACACACAUACCUACAAAUGCAUAAUCUUAGUUAAUACUUAAAUAGUUAAAUGACGUUGAUUAUUAGUUUAAUUAUGAAAAUGCAUACAUACAUACAUACACAUGUGUGGAAAUAAUAAAGCUCUGCUGCAAUCAUAAGAAUAAAGCUAGACUAAGAAAUA